GCAGGGGACUGAGGUGGAAAGUAUUUAACUCUCAACAAAUGAAUUCUACACUUGAACUCUGCUGCAUUCCUGUGCCACCUCCUCCUUUAGAAAACUGAUCCAGAACAGAGAUAGGCAAAUAGAAGGUAGAAGAUGCUGGGAUCUGAACGUGGUGUUGUGGAAGAAUGCUUAUCAGAAUUCAAGGCAUUACCUGACACUCAGAUCACCAGUUGUGCAAUAACUUUACACAGGAAAAAAACACUUGUACCAGCCCUUUAUAAAGUUAUUCAAGAUUCAUAUAAUGAGAUACAGCCUCCAAGACUCCUAGAGCCUGUCUGCCAUCAGCUGUUUGAACUCUAUCAUAGUUCUGAAGUUCGACUUAAGAGGUUCACACUGCAGUUUUUGCCAGAGUUGAUGUGGGUUUAUUUACGGCUUACAGUUAGCUGAGACAGACAGAGUAAUGGUUGCAUUGAAGCACUUCUGUUAGGAAUUUACAAUUUGGAAAUUGCUGAUAAAGAUGGAAACAAUAAAGUUUUGUCUUUCACUAUCCCUUCCUUAUCCAAGCCUUCAAUAUAUCAUGAACCCUCAACGAUUGGGUCCAUGGCUUUGCCAGAAGGUGAGUUGUGUCAGCAAGACCUCAUCAGAGUUGUUUAUAGUGAUCUUCAUCCUCAGAGAGAAACGUUCACUGCCCAAAACCGGUUUGAAGUCCUGAGUUUUCUCAUGCUGUGUUACAAUUCUGCUGUCAUGCACAUGCCUGCCUCAUCUUACCGGUCCCUUUGUCGGAUGGGCUCCAGGGUUUGUGUGAGUGGGUUUCCACGGCAAGAUGAGAAACACUGGCCAGAACUCUGUGGUCGAAUAGCACUGGAGCCUGGAUUUAUGGUGCAGCUUCUCACAGGGGUUUACUACGCCGUGUAUAAUGGACAGUGGGACCUUGGCCAGGAAGUUCUUGAUGAUAUCAUUUACAGAGCUCAACUAGAACUCUUUUCUCAGCCACUACUGGUUGUCAAUGCCAUGAAAAACUCACUACCAUUUGAUGCUCCUGAUUCCUCACAAGAAGGCCAGAAAGUCCUGAAAGUGGAAGUCACCCCAACAGUGCCGAGGAUUUCUUGGACUGCAAUCACAACAGCUUCAAUCCGUCGGCACGGAUGGAGAAGAGAAGAUGGCUUUGACUUCUCAAACGAGGCUGACACGAGUAUUCCUGGCUCCCCGAUCCAACUCGGCUCCACUGACCUAGGGAUCAAACGUGUGCAAGACGGGGAGGUGCUGGUGCGCAGGAGCCCUGAGCACAGCUCGCCGGAGCCCAACUCAGCAGCAGCCACAACAGAGGCUGCUGAAAGUAUAAAUGGAGAAGAGUCUGUAAACCUGAAUGAUGCAGAUGAAGGGUUUUCAUCAGGGGCCUCCCUCAGCAGCCAGCCAGUAGGGACCAGAGCAUCCUCCUCUUCUCAGAGGGGAAGCUUGCGCAAAGUAGCAACUGGGCGUUCAGCCAAAGAUAAAGAAGCAACUUCCACCACCAGAUCCAGUGAGAGCCCUCGAGAGUCAGUCAUGUGCAAACAGUAUGGACAGCAGCCAACUGACCUUAGUGUAGAUUCAGUUGAGCUGACACCAAUGAAGAAACACCUGAGCCUGCCUGCUGGCCAGGUGGUGCCAAAAACCAGUAGUCUGAGUCUAAUCCGGACAGCCAGUGCUUCCUCAAGUAAAUCCUUUGACUAUGUAAAUGGCAGUCAAGCUGGCACCAGCAUCGGGCCAGCAGAGGGAGUCACCAAUCUAGCAGCUAACAGUGCUAACCGAUACUCAACCAUCAGCCUCCAGGAAGACCGGUUGGGUCAAGCUGGUGAUGGGAAAGAGCUCCUCAGCCCAGGAGCCCCCUUAACCAAGCAGUCCCGCCCCCCAAGUUUCAACAUGCAGCAGAUAUCCCAGGUGUAGCUUCAACAACCUCUCUGCUCUUUCUGCUUUCCUUGUAACCGAACGUUUCAUUGUGCAAGAAGACACUUCAUCCCGCGUUGUGAAAAUACUGGUCAUCACAAUCAGAUUUGAGUUGGUUUAGUUAGAUAUUCAUACUGUAUUUUGUAUGAAAACAGCAAUAAGGUUUUUUUUCUCUCCUUCCCACAUCUCCUGUGCCUGUUCCUUGUAAGUGUGUUGUGAAGCGGUGUAAAAUGUUUGCCUUUCCAUGCCUUCUCUUCUCCUUGGGUGAUGUGCAAUCCAUAGCGGGUGGAUCAGUCCCAUUUCAACACUGUGAGACUGAGGGUAUGUUAGAGGAAAUGCUGGAUAUGAUCCCUAUGAAAUGAUUCUUUAGCUUUUGUUUAAAAACAAAACAAAAACGGGUUUAUUUACAUACUCUAUAGAACUAUGAAGAUGACUGGAUCAUAUUUUUUCUCUUAACCAGGAGUGUCUCAGAGAUUCUGCUGUGACUUUGGACUUCUCUGAGUCUGUGCAGUCCUUUUCUCAAGAAGCACGGGAAGGUGGUGGACUGCUGCACUUUUUCAUUAAAAUGAGGGUGGCGCUCUUUUCCCAUUUCCUUUAUCCCGAUGAUAUAAAUGUUCAAUUACUAAGGCAUUUAAAUCAAUUUGAGCCCCACCUCCUUUGAGGGUGGGGCUCUUAAAUUGAUUGUGUAAUUGAUAUGCACUUUCUCAGUGGCUCUCUAGUCAUUAACAUGUCUUCCCUCUUCCCACAAAGGUUUAAGGUCAUUUUUCUCCUUAAAGUUUGAACAGCUGACAAAUCAAAAUCCAAGGGGCAUGUUCUGCUUCCAGGAAUGAUUGACUCCG